CAAAUCAAACAAACCUUUGCCUCAUGUCUGCUGUCAAAACAAACGCAUACUGUCAGAUUCCACCAGAAAUUGCAAAUACGAACGGUAGAGGGAAUUGCUUAUUUUAACUACAAUUUUGCUGAAAAUAACUAUAAAAAAUCAUGUCCGAGAGCAGUUCUAAGGAUACUGUGCUGAAAACAGCGAUGACAUACAUCUGUGGCG